AGGCGCUGACCACGUCGGAGGUGGCUCCGGCCAAGCAGCUCGACUUUAAAGGUACGCGUGUCGCGUUUCGCCUGUCCUAAGGGAAGUCUUUUCUCCGUUUUGCUUGCAGAUUUGUAGCCGGUCCACGCCAUGGGGAAGAAAAAUAAGAGCAAAGCCGCGUUGAACUCGUCCGCGGACGAACCGGCAACGAAACAAGCCCUGGAGGAACAAAUGCCGCCGCAGACUUCGCCCGCCGUCAACGAACCGUUCGAAAUUCCGCUCCACUCGAAGCAGGCCGCCUUUGCGCUGCUCUGGCUUCUGGUCUACAGCUUUUUCAUGUUCACGCUUCCGUUUGUGGCGUUCUACGGCACGAAGCACAUCCUGGCGGACCACUUCCAAGUGACAGGGUUCCCCAACACGUGCGGCUCGGUGCUGGCGGCCGUGCUGACCGUGAACGUGAUUAUCAUUCUGUACGCGCUGCGCGGGUUCCGCGAGGCCGAGGAGGACGAACAGGAGCGGAAGCGGAACGAAACGACGACGACGGCGGCGAGUGGUGAAGAGUCGAAGAAGAUCAAAUGAUGAAAUAUUCCAGUAUUUGAGAGUUUUAGAGUGUGUGGCGUAGAUUUUUUUGGCUAGUGAAUAAAAAGAGAAAAGACUUCCCUCUUA